GUCGGGGUUACCUGUGUCUUCCCCAUAGACUUGGCCAAGACCAGGUUACAGAAUCAGAGACAAGGCCAGCAGGUCUACAGGAGCAUGAUGGACUGCCUUGUCAAGACAGUUCGAUCAGAAGGUUACUUUGGAAUGUACAGAGACUUGGGUCCCCCUGGGAUAGUGAAGGCUAGCCGAUAAGGCGCAGCCACGCUGGAGGCAAAUCAUUUAAUGGUUCUUACAAUAUUGCUCUAUUUAAAACUAUAGGCACAAGUUUUUGUUUCGCCAUCUCAUUUGUUCUGUAAUGUGACUUCUCAUUAAAUAACUUCUUGGCUGUCUCUUUACUGUCCUGUCAAAAUUUUGUAGAUCAUCAUCUUCCUGACUUUGAAUUGUGUCUUUGUGGACUUUGGUUGAUCUUAAAUAAUGUGUGAUGACCUGAAGUUAAUUUAUACAGUUCAAUAUUUAAGUCUACCUAAAGUCUGCAUACGCAGUACAUUGUCAAAUUCUUAUUCUCUUCUUUUGCUAACAUUCAUUCAUUUUUCUUGAUUGAAGUUGUCUUUAAUUUACUUCGUUGUAAAGCCUUUCAAUAGACUCACAGUCUUCCUUUUCUUUAAGUUCUCCCUACACAAUGAGGGCCUUGUUUUCUUUAACUGGCUCAUUGUUCUUCAUAGACUGUGCUUCUCUCUCUGGAUGUCAUCCCCUCCUCUUUUCUUGUCUUGUGUCUCAGUUUGGCUUGUUUGUCAUUUUCCUCCUGCUCAUGUUUUUUUAUGUGACUUAUUUUGAUGUAAUCCCCCUCCAUCAUCAUGACUCAAGCUACUUUAAAUUGAACAUUUUUAUCUUUUUAUGUUAGUGAUGCAAAGGACUUUAUAUUUUGAAUUCUGUAAUGAUAGUGGUGGGGAAUGUUUUUUAUAUGUACUAAACAAGAUCUUUAUGGUGACAUCAGUAGUAAAUGUGCUCAUUUUUCUCCUCAGGUGCCGCUGUAAAUUUGACCCUGGUCACACCAGAGAAGGCAAUCAAGCUUGCUGCUAAUGACUUCUUCAGACAACACCUCGCCAAGGAUGGAAAGGGGCUGACAGUGUUCAAAGAGAUGUUGGCAGGCUGCGGUGCAGGCAUGUGCCAAGUCAUUGUCACUACCCCAAUGGAAAUGCUCAAGAUACAGCUACAGGAUGCAGGCAGAGUCGCGGCCCAGCAGCAGAAACCAGUCAUGAUGGCUCCCACCAAGCUUGUAGCUACCAACACCAUGCUCAGCCGCUCCUACAACUCAGGCAUGGUAGUCACAGCACCACGAGCUGUGUCUGCAACACAGAUCGCAAAGGAACUUCUCCACACACACGGCAUCCAGGGGCUCUACAAGGGCCUGGGGGCAACACUAAUGAGGGAUGUUCCCUUUUCUAUCGUGUACUUCCCCUUGUUUGCCAACCUGAACAAUCUCGGCAAACCAAGUCCUGGGGAGGCAUCUCCUUUCUAUUGGGCUUUCCUCUCAGGCUGUGCAGCUGGAUCAACUGCUGCUGUGGCUGUCAACCCCUGUGAUGUGGUAAAGACCAGACUACAGUCACUGAGCAAAGGGUCCAAUGAGGAGGCUUACAAUGGAGUUAUGGAUUGUGUGAGUAAAAUUAUGAGGAAGGAGGGACCUUCUGCUUUCCUGAAAGGUGCCGGCUGUCGAGCUCUUGUCAUCGCUCCUCUGUUCGGCAUCGCGCAGGUUAUGUACUUUGUUGGCGUUGGCGAGUACAUCAUGGACAACGUGCCUCUAGGCCUCCUCUCACCAUGAGAAAAUCAUCACACUCGCUGGAUAUGAGCAGGACCUCUGAGAGCAAAGAUGGUGGAACAACUGGCAGCUACUAACCACCAGUUUACAGCAAAGAAAGUCUUGUCUGAUUGGGUCAGAAAGGCUUCAGGGUGUAAAGACCAACUGUGUCAUCUCCUGUACGGUCUAACUGUUCUGUUGCACUUGAACACUUUGUGACUUAUCCAGUAGGCAGUGGCCCAUAUUUGCACUUGAAGCAGUUAGCCUUACCGGGCUGUGGGACUCAGAGUUGCAGUGUUAUUCUCUUUCUGUCCCUCUAACAGCCCUGCUGUGUUUCCCUCUGUGAGGGAGGGAGUUCACUCCAUCAGAAACAGACCUUUCUGUGUUUCAUAUUAUUUUGUAAGUGAAUGUUAGUUUUAUUUCAAAAACAGCUGCUUGCAGUACUCUUAGUAUUUUUUUCCUUCAUGUUAUCAGCCUUUACGUUAAUGUGACCUCAAAUGGAGAACACACGGGGCACAAUUUAUUUCAAAGGGACAUUUUUUUUAGUUUUUACAAAUCUAUUCAACUACAACUUAGAAAAAAGUUUAGUUUGAGUGAUCAUGAACCUUCCUACUAACUUGGGACCACAUACAUUUGCCAAACCAUUAGCAGUGUCCUUUAGAUACUUGAUAUUAACCCUACAGUUGUUGAGUAGUCUGUGAACUUCAAUCUUUGUGUGUUUUAUCUGCAAAAACUUGAGAUGCAACCAUGCACAUUAUAUAUGUCUAUUUAUGCACAUGACCUCACAUUGAAAUAUCCAUACCUACAAUCUGACUCGAAAUAUGUUUGGUUUAUGCCUUAAAAAAGAUCGACAUUUCUCUUUGGCAUUCUACCAGAAAAAGCAUUACUACUGUGACUGUAAUCAUGUGAAAGAUGACUGUUAUCAAAUUUUGUAUUUGUCAUGGCUUUUUGUACAUAAAAUGUAUUAAAAGAUUUGUAACUCA